UUCUAACUCCACCAACAUGGGGCUAUUUUAGCUUAGCCCUGGUUGGCUUCCUCAUCCUCCAAAGCACAAUGACAGCUGGAGAGGAAAAUUAUAUCAAUGCUUCUUAGUAGUAGUAAUAACAAAUGUCGUAUUUAUUGGGGUUAGGCACUCUGACUAGCACUUUACAUCUAUGGUUCUGUGAGGGAAGUGUUCUUUUAUCCACCCUUCUUCCAAAAUAAAAAUAUUUUUACAAUUUUCAAGCCUACAGAAAAGUUUAAAGAACAGCCUUUCACCUAGAUGCACCAACUCAUUUUGGUGAUUUUGCUUUCACACACACUUUUUGCCAAACUAUUAAAAAGCUAUAGACAUCUUGACACUUGACCCCUAAAUUCUUCAGCAUGUAUCUAAUUAUAUCAUUCUCCUACAUAACCAUAAUACCAUUAUCAAACAUAAGAAAAUUAGCAAGAAGUCAUAUUAUCUAAUAAACAGUUGAUAUUCAAAUUUCUCCAAUUACCAAAACAUUACCUAAUAGUUUUUUAAUCAGACGCAGUGAAGAUUUAUGCAUUGCAUUUAGUUAUAUUUUUAAGCAACUCACUUAUUCUAGAUAGAGCCUUUCCACCUAUUUAAAUUUGAUUAUUUUACCCAUGACUAGAUUUUUUCUGGUAAUGUUAUAUACAGUACUUACUGCAUCACGUGAGGAAGCAUAUGGUAUCAGGGUCCUACUUAUCCAUGAAUGCUAAUCUGGUUAUCAGUUAAGGUCAUGACAGCCUGAUCUCUCCAUACAAGGGUACAUUUUUCCUUCGUUAUUAAUAAGUAGUUUGUGGAGUGACUCUUUAAGACUGUUGGGAUUGUGUGUUUGCAGUAUCCUUUCAUUCCAUAUCCAUUGAUGAUCCUUGCCUGAAUCGUAACAUUGAGGAUUACAAAACGGACCGCUUCCCAGCACCCCAGCCUCCUGCCAUGUCCGACCCCGUCACGCUGAAUGUCGGGGGAAAGCUCUACACAACGUCACUGGCCACCCUGACUAGCUUCCCCGACUCCAUGCUGGGGGCCAUGUUCAGCGGGAAGAUGCCCACCAAGAGGGACAGCCAGGGCAACUGCUUCAUUGACCGUGACGGCAAAGUGUUUCGCUACAUCCUCAACUUCCUGCGGACCUCCCACCUGGACUUGCCCGAGGACUUCCAGGAGAUGGGCCUGCUCCGCAGGGAGGCCGACUUCUACCAGGUGCAGCCCCUGAUUGAGGCACUGCAGGAAAAGGAGGUGGAGCUCUCCAAGGCUGAGAAGAACGCCAUGCUCAACAUCACGCUGAACCAGCGUGUGCAGACAGUCCACUUCACCGUGCGCGAGGCACCCCAGAUCUACAGCCUCUCGUCCUCCAGCAUGGAGGUCUUCAACGCCAAUAUCUUCAGCACCUCCUGCCUCUUCCUCAAGCUCCUCGGCUCCAAGCUUUUCUACUGCUCCAAUGGCAAUCUCUCCUCCAUCACCAGCCAAUUGCAGGACCCCAACCACCUGACUCUGGACUGGGUGGCCAAUGUGGAGGGCCUCCCAGAGGAGGAGUACACCAAGCAGAACCUCAAGAGACUCUGGGUGGUACCAGCAAACAAGCAGAUCAACAGCUUCCAGGUCUUCGUGGAAGAGGUGCUGAAAAUCGCUCUGAGUGACGGAUUCUGCAUUGAUUCUUCUCACCCACACGCUCUGGAUUUUAUGAACAAUAAGAUUAUUCGAUUAAUACGGUACAGGUAAAAAGAACCCCCACCAUAUUGGAGAGGGGCUUCCAAGAAGCUCUACGUCAGCAUAUCUCACCGGCGGUGUAAGGCAGAACACUACACUAAUCUGUAUUAAUCGUGCAGCAGGACUCAAUCCCCCCAUGAUGCAGUCCACCUGUAGGAAUCCAUGUGUCCUCUCAACAGAGCCACCGUUUUUCUUGCCAUUUUGAGCUAGAGAUGGGCAGUCUGUAUGACAAGUGAAGAGUCUGCUGAUGUGUCCUAAAGGAGGCCACAGGAGGACUCUCUGGCUGGACAAAGGAGCAGCAGUCUUGUCACGGGCUCCAUCUCGCUCUGUACUACUAGGCAGUGCCUCACUCAGCAUCUGUAAUAAGAUCCCCUGGGGGAGGGGACAGAGCGAGAACAAGAUGCUCCCUUCAGUUUCCCAGGACAGAAAGUACCCAGAGAUUCCCAUCAUGCCUGCUCUUCUGUCCAGAGGAUGUGGCCAGGACCUUGGACUUGUUUGCCCGAAGGCAGCCAUGUUGGACUGGCUUAGAAAUGCAGUAUGUCCUAGAGCUGUGUUACUGGCCUCCUCUGGGGGAGAGAUUUGAGUUGUGGUAUGGCCUAGAGGAGUGAGCAGACGUCCAGGCAGGGUUCAGAAGAUGGGGCUAUCCCUCUUGACUAGGUCAAAUGCAAGCAUUUGGGGAUUUCUGGCUUCAGAAAUGGGCUGCUGUGCCUGUGAAGGUUUGGAAAUCUGGAGCCAGUGCAAUGAAAGGCACUUCAUCCUGUGUCCUAUUACCUGACUUUUGUAAUCCUUUCCCCAAGAAUUUAAGGUAUCAUUGAAACAAGUCAUUUUAAACAUUAUGGAUUCUCAGGGUUGGAAAAUAACUCAAUGGUCACUUAGUCCUCCUCCACCCCAGCAUACCCCAGGGCAUUUGGGGAUGUCUCUCCCCAGUAGCUCCAAGUCAUCACCUAUCCCUGCUUGCAUACCUCCAGUGACGGGAAGCUCAUCAUCCCCAAGGCAGCCCUUGCCGUGGUUGGCCAGUGCUGGCUAUUAGAAAGUUCUUUCUUAUAUUGAGCCAAAAUCUGUCCUUCCAUUCCCAUUUUCUGGUUCCUCUCACCCCAAUGUGUAUUUUCUGUUUCAAAAUAGUCACCUUGAGAGACCACACUCAUGCUGAAAAUAUUAUUAGGAUUCCCCCUUGGGAUCUGUCUUCAGAACCAAGGUUGGCUGUCUUCCAACCCCAUUUUGUAAUGGCUACACCUCCCAUUUUACCCACCUUCUUCAACAGCCACAACUCCACCUGUCCUGUGACCAUCUUCUGUUGGGGGAUGAAGAUUUGCCACCCCCGAGGAGGUGCUGCCAGAGGAAGCAGGCAAGGACCUCAAAGAGUAGGGUGCAGCGAGGAGCCAGGAGUGGUUUGAACCAUAACGCUGCCCUUGGAGUAGGCGUCCAGCCCCUAAGGCACUGCUCUGAAGGAGGCAGCCUUUCCCUGGAGUACUGUUUCUGGUCAUAAGCAGACCAUGGACCUACGUGGGGUGAGAUCCAGGGCAAGACACGCCAAGCCCCCACUUACUUCCCGGGGGGUGAUGAGCAGUGCAGGUCUCACAGCUGCACAGUAUGAUUCAUCCCUAGAGUGGGUACGGCCUUGGGAGUCUCCGGGUCUUCCCCACUGGGCAGGAGCCCUCAGACAAAGCCAGCAAAGCCUGGUGACACAGGCAACCAUGGGAGAUGGGGCUUCGCUUAGCUGUGCCCUAUAAGCAGGGAGCCUGUACACUGGGCCGUGGGCAAGGCCACAUCCCUUAGAUAAUAAAGGCCUUUUCUGUCUACAGUGGGACCCAAGAGUCUCUGACAGCUGUCCCAGCCACCAAGCCAAUGGUACUCAAAGCUGUGACCACAACAAAAUCGUUUAAGGAAGAAAUCUUGUAAAUUACCACUGCCCUUUCUUUCCUCUCCAUAAAAUUGUCUUUCUCCAUCUUUUCGGUGCUUCUUAACUCAAGCAGCUUGACUUUAGAGAAAGUACAGGACCUAUGAAGCCACUAAUGUGCUGUAUGACUUUAUGCAAGUCACUCACCUCACUGAGCCACCUCCGUUUCUUCAUCUGUGAAAUGGGCAUAACAUUAAUACAUAACCCUACCUACCUCACAGGGCUGUUGUGAGGAUCAAAUGAAAAAAAUGUGAGACUACCAUAUAAAUGAUAAACAGUUGUUACUACUUUGUGUCUGCUUAUAAGGGGGAAAAAAACCUGGCCUUGGAGUCAGACUAACCUGGGUUUGAGCUCUAGCUUCAUCACUUGCUGUGUAACCUUGGACAAGUCACUGGGCCUCUCUGAUUUGUUUCAUCGGAUAACAACCCCAACUCCCAGUGUUACACAACUUAAAUGAAGUGCAUGUGAAAAUGCCUAGCUAAGCCUGAUACCCAGGAACUCAAUAAAUGUUUGCUCUUUCCAGAGGUAAUAAUGAUGGACUGUCAUUCAGAGAUCACCAUGAGAGUACACUUUAACAAACCCUUCCAAGAGUACGUGGUAGGCCAUGAGGAUGGGAAUAGCCACAGAUAAGUUUAGUCUGGAAAAAGUGUGGAGAUUCACACAGUGUGCUACGGAAACUUGGGGAAAGAGAACUUAAUUCUCAGAAAGGACUUAAUGGAUGGUGGAGCUGAGCCUUUAAGGGUAGGUUGGAUGGUGACAGAAUUAGCUAAAGAGGGCACAGUUGGCACAGGAAAUAGCUUGAGCAGAGGCCCAGAAGCCAGGCGGGGUAGGUGACUGAGAAAGGGCGAGCCUUCAUGCAGACCAACAAGGGGAAUGACAGUGAUAUUCAGCACGCAGCUCACUUAGGUGAAUGCAGUCACCUGCUGAGCAUAACUGAGAGAAACAGCAGUGCACUGUCCCAGGGGACUGCUGAGCUGGAGGGAGUGGACUGGGAGGCAGGGAUGUGCUGCUGCUCAUGAGCCCUACACUGCCCCGAGCAAGCCGAGGGUGAUCAGUGAUCUCAACUGGACUCCCAUUUUUUUAGCCUCGUUCACAGCUGAGAGCUUUGCCCCAACUGAAUGGCAAUUCUGGGCACACCUGAGUUUGUCAGCUUUCUGUUUGCCCGAGGCAUGUAGUCCCAGACAUGCAGAGGGACCCUAAGUCACCUCGAUGUGGCCAUUUUGUGAGGGCUGUUACCAAACAGGGCCCCUACGUUCUUGAAGACCAGCGGUGGCCACCACCUCAGGCAAUGCCCCUAUAACCUCACCCCCUUAGGGCCACUUACAACUUUUUGCCGUUUUAUGAAGGGCAAGGCCUUGUAACACUCUGUUCUGCUUUCAGACCAGAGCUCCCUAUGCAGAGGUGGCUAUGGUCCCUUGGCCACACCUCAAUGUCCAACAUGGCCCUGAGGGCCAGGAUGUGGUCACUCUGCUUUGUAAAUGGCUAUGUGGCCAAAAGCAUAGUACUCGUGUAACUGCCUCCUUGUUCAUCCCAAAGUUGCAGCUUUCUU